AUGGCCGACGAAACCCAAGAUUGUGCGAAACGAGAACAGUUGGUCAUUGCAAUUCGUUACGUUGACACAAAAAAUGUGCCAAAAAUUAUCAAAGAAGAACCGGUCGCAAUUUUAGACCUGAUUGCAGACAUAAAAAGCAGUGACCAAUCAGAUGAAACAGAGCACAAUGAAAUUAAGCUAUGUGGCAAGGCAAUAGGGGAGACUCUACUCCGCCAUAUAAGUGAGCUUGGGUUGGAUUUGCAGUACCUCGUUGGUCAAGGAUAUGAUGGUGCUGCAUCGAUGUCCAGUGAGCGAGUUGGUGUUUGCUCCUUUAUCAAAUCUGCUGCGCCACUCGCUGACUACUUCCACUGCUGCAUGCACGCGCUAAAUCUAAGUUGUUCUCGAGCCGCAAAGAUACCAGCAAUCAGACAUUGCAUGGAUGACAUCAAAGAUAUCAACAAAUUCUUCAAGCAUGCGAAAAGAAACAGCUAUUUGCAAGCAGUCAUAGCACGAGAAUCAAUUGAAGAGCUUCAGCGACGGCAGUUGGUGACCCUCUGUGAAACAAGAUUUGUCGAAAGACAUGAAUCAGUUUUGGUUGCACGACAGCUUUUGCCUUACAUCGUUGUGUGCUUGGAGGAAAUGCUCGCUUGGGACUCAUUAGAUACAAGAAAAGAUGCCAGGAGAUUGUUAAAAAGUUUGCAAGACCCUCAGUUCCUUGUAGCGCUAGUAUUGGCCGAGAAAGUGUCUGCUGUACUUCGCCCAGUGUCCUGUUCUUUGCAACAAAUUGGUAGCGAUCUUGUGAAAGCAAUGUCGACGAUUUCUGCGACACAGUCAAAGCUUUACACGUGGCGUAAAGGUGAAGAAAAUGAGUUUGCUUCGAUGUUUGAAGAGGCAAUGCUUCUUGGCGAAAAUAUUGGAGUGACCAGAGAAGAGAUGCACGCAAUUCCUCGAGCAGUCAGUCAAUCCAGGUUCAGAUCAAAUGCAGGUGAAGCCAAUCAAAAAGCCAUUGAUUAUUAUCGUAUCAAUGUGUUUUUACCUCUUCUUGAUGAAGUGGCUGGAGAUAUGAAAGCAAGAUUUGGUCCCCAUCAGCAGAAGAUUGCGACGCUUACAAGAAUUCUGCCUUGUUUCGUCAAAGAAUCAACUUGGCAAGAUAUUUUGCCUGCAGCACUAAAAUACGGAGUCUUUUUAGACCCCUUGUCCAUUGUUGAAGGAGAGUAUGAAAUUUGGAAGCAGCAAUGGCUGUCACGUGGAACAAGUACAGUAGCAAAUACCGCUAUCGGCGCUUUAGGCGACUGCCAAGGUGAUGUAUUUCCUAAUUUGCAUACAUUACUCAACAUUCUCACUGUGCUACCGGUGACAACAGCAGAACCCGAACGACUAUUUUCUAAACUGAAUAGUACCCUGACAGCAAUUCGGUCAACAAUGUCUGAGGAGAGAUUAGAAUCCCUACUUCUUCUGCAAGUUCACCGUGACAGAACACCAACGAGCGAUAAACUCAUUGACUCAUUCGCAGCAUUAAAAUCAAGACGAAUCCCAUUAAAGCUGUAA